AUGAUAAACCAGAUCAUACCGAGCUACCCAGAGAAGAAUCGACCGGCUUUGCGUGCUGCAGCAGACACCUGGCGACUCCCGUACUGGGACUGGGCUGUCCACCCUAAAGUGCCCUGGUUGGCAGCCGAGCCGGAGCUUCAGGUGUCACUAUUCGACGAGCUCGAGACACUGCAGAAUCCGCUGUAUCAGUUUCGCAUGCCAGACGGGAAGCCGAUGGAGGCGCACAGGGUUGGUGAUGUGAAGGCCUUGGGUGAAGAUACGGUAUACUCGUACGGCAAAUGUAUCGCUACCAGCCGAUGUCCGACAGAGGAACAGUCAAAGCCCGACAGCGAGCACUGGAUCCAGGGGGUCGUCAAUAAUGAAGAGGUGGAAAAGCUCCUGAGCCAGCACAGCGCAGUAGAUGGAAACAAUUACGGCGCUGCAGCGGAACUGGUCUACCGACUGCUAACGUACCCCAUUGACUACACGGAAUUUUCCACCACGGCUGUUGCGAACGACAGCCCGAAAGUGUCUGCCGAUGUGAAUAUCGAGUUCAUCCACAACAACAUCCACUGGUGGGCAGGGGGUGAAGGGGGCCAUAUGUCCCAGAUCCCUGUGGCGACGUUUGACCCAAUCUUCUGGCUUCACCAUUGCAACAUCGAUCGUCUGUUCGCCAUCUGGCAGGAGCUGAACCCUGACAAUUUCUUCACCGAUGGAUACCGAGGAGACUUUGACCAGAAGGUGAUCGGGCUCCCAACAACAGUGACGCCAACCACGCCUCUGCGGCCAUUCCACAAAGACGAGGAGGGGAACUACUGGACUUCGCAAGAGGUUCGAGACUUCCGAGCGCUGGGGUACAACUAUCCCGACCUACACCCCGUGAAGCCGGAUUCCGUAGCAGCUUUUGAUGUCGAUGGUUACAAAACCAAGUUACUGGAGCAAGUCACCUUGAAGUACGGUGUUUCUCGCCUGGAAGCACUGACGCAGCUGGAGCUGUCCAAGAAUGGAGUUGGCAAGCCGCUUCCUGAGGGAAUGCGCGAGAUUGAUGGAGGCGUCGCCGGUAACGAUUUUGCCAUCAGUAUUCGCUACUCCAAGUUCGCCUUUGGCGGUCGUCCGUUCAAUAUCGAGAUCUAUCUCGAGCCUGGCGAUGGCAGUGGACGCCACUUUACCGCAGCUGAAUAUGUGACCAACGUGUAUAACUUCAGCACUCCGGCAACCAGGGACGGUCAGGAGGUUUGCAGUAACUGUAGUGACCUGGAGGCGCGAGAUGUCAGGCUCACUGCGUACGUCCCCAUAACGCCGAUUUUGAAUCGCCUGAUCCUGGAGGAGCGGCUGUCCUCUCUGAAGAAGGACGAUGUCGAGGCCGUACUAAAGCGCCUAUACUGGCGGGUCACAAUGGCCGGUCGACCAGUCCCAGAGGACCAGUGGGGACAACUGAACCUUCAACUGCUCGUGUCCAUGGCCGAGAUGUCGCACAGCAAAAACCCAGAGACGCCGUCAAAGAGCGAAAGCGAGCCAGAGGUGCUCCCUGAUGUCGGACAGCCAGAGCCUCCACGACCCAUAGAGCCACCGCAGCCUCCCAAACCGUCAAGUCCCGUCCUGUCCGUAGGAGAGACCCUGAAGCUCAACCAGGAAGUCACAGCCGGACACUCCAUCACCGUCGAAUCUCCCUCGUUCGAUCUCACGGCUCCCUCGAGGCGCGACAGGAACCGAGUCGCGUUCAUCAACUACGACGACAGCAGCGAGGAAAUCGACGACGACAAUUUUGACGCCCUAGUCAGCAUCAACAUCAUUCGCAGACUUUCCAUCAUCCAGAUUCAGACCAAGGCCGCGGGGGAUAGCUGGGAGCGAGUUCGUGACAUCUUCUUCCCUGCCUGGCUGUCAGGUCUGAGUCUCCAAAUCCGUGUCGAUGUCAAGGACACUACAUAUGAGGUCUACCUGAAUGAUACACAUCUCUGCUCCGUUGAAAACAAGUUCGGGAAGAAGGGUAUUACUCACGUUCAAUAUGAUGUGGACGGCGACUCUCCUGCUUUGGCCGCGCAGUUGGAUGUCAUUGCCGCGUAG